UUGAGCUACUUUAGGCCGUUCUAAUUGAAAUAGACAACUGGUUUUUUCUUGGCCGUAAAACGCAGGGCAAUAAAGUCUGCUGUUCCCUCCUGCGUUUCAGGUCAACUAAGGGAAGCAUAUAUUCUGUGUACAUAUAAAUAUUUUUACAUGGAGAUACGCAGAACUGUCGUUGGAAGGCUCCUCGUUGUCACGUAAAUGAAUGAGAAUAUUUUUAUCCGUUUUGGUUAGUUUUCAAUGUGUAUACCUAUUUCCAACAGAAAACCUGCUAAUUGACAAAUUUACCAUACCCUAGGGCCUAGUCGCCGGCUCACACACAAAACGUGAUUGACGGAUAAUGAUCGCUUUCGUCAGAGUGCUAUGCUGUAAUUACCGGGGAAACUGCUAAAGAGCUUUAAUUAGGUAGUGUUGAGGAAUGCGUGUAGUUUUAGGAGGUGUGAUGGUUCGUUUGAUGCAUGAAUUGAGGGCAAGGGAAGGUGAGGGCAGCUUGCGUUGAUGAAUUGGGAAAGGGGAUAUGCAGAGUCAUCCUUCGCUGGACCGGUCUGUAACCGAGGAGGAUGCUGAGCUUGGCUUCAAUUCCAGUACAGAGGAGGAGGGCCAGCAUAGUGACAGUAUUGAGGGAAGCAUAACUCCUCCCCCUCUUGCAAGGGUUCCUGAACCCACAAGGUGUUGGAGAGAUGUAUUCUGGUUAUUUGUAUUUAUUGUACACUUGGCUGGCUUGGGGUUUGUUCUUUUUGUGCUUGGAGCUGAUAGAUUUCAGAAGAAUGGUAGGCUCAAGCUUGACAAAAUCACUCAUAAGAAUUUCAGUCAGAAUGAAGAAGGUCGAACAGAAAAAUAUUGGCCUUUGUAUGCUUUGGCAGGGGGAAUUGGUACUGUACUUGCAUGGGCGUGGCUGUCACUUCUUUGCACUCGAGCAAAUCAGAUAACAAAAAUUUCUGUGUAUAGUCUAACCACAUAUCUUGCAGUUAUAAGUGUGUUUUGUUUUUGGGACAGUGGAAUAUUCUGGGGAAUUGCCUUUGCCAUAGCAGCAGUUCUACAUUUUCUGUAUGUAAUGUCAGUUAUGGACAGGUUUCCGUUUACAAUGUUGGUGUUAAAAAAGGCUGUGAAAAUGGUCUGGAGUCUUCCAGAAGUCAUGAGGGUGUCUUAUGCAUUUCUAGCAAUCAUGCUCUUGUGGAUGGUAAUAUGGUCUUUUGGAGUAGCUGGUGUGAUUGCUUCAAGCAUGGAUGAUGGUAGGCGCUGGUGGCUUCUUGUGGUGCUUUCUGUCAGUCUGUUUUGGAUUGGUGCUGUUCUAUGCAACACAGUUCAUGUUAUAGUGUCUGGUAUGGUUGUUCUUGUUCUUAUGCAUGGAGGCCAAGGUGCUUCAUCAAUGCCCCCAAAACCCUUGUGGAGGUCUCUUCGUCAUGCUGUGACCACUUCCUUGGGCAGCAUCUGCUAUGGAUCCCUCUUCACAGCUGCUAUUCGAACAUUGCGCUGGGAGAUCAGGGGUAUUCGGUCCCAGAUCGGCAAUAAUGAGUGCCUACUAUGUUGUGUUGAUUUUUUGUUCAACCUGGUCGAGACGCUUGUGAGGUUUUUCAACAAAUAUGCUUAUGUGCAGGUAGCUGUGUAUGGUAAAUCCUUCAACCAUUCUGCACGGGAUGCGUGGGAGUUAUUCCAAUCCACUGGAAUUGAGUCUCUCAUUGCAUAUGAUUGUUCUGGAGCUGUGCUACUAAUGGGGACUAUUCUUGGAGGACUUAUUACUGGAACUUCCGUGGGCAUAUGGACCUGGUUUAAGGCAAGAGAUCAUGUCAUUAUGGUUGGUUCUACAGCUAUGCUGAUGGGAAUGAUUCUAGUUGGUUUGACUCUUGUUGUGGUCGAAAGCGCGGUGACAUCCAUUUAUAUAUGCUAUGCUGAAGAUCCUUCAUUAAUCAAUAGAUGGGAUGAGGAAUUUUACAUCCAGAUAUCUGAGGCAUUACAUCAAAGACUACAGCAUAGAAGUUCGCGGAACAUUGAUGUCUUGCCCAUGGUGGAAAAUCAUCGACAAAUAUCUAUACCUGUUCCUGUAUAGCGUGAAUGGAAGUGAAGCUUGUGGCAUUUGAUUCAUGGUAUGAUUGUUGUUAUUAAGGCAAUAAUUUUGCAAUUGCAGUCAGUCUUUAUCUCUAUUGUUUCUUUAUUUUGGCACAUGCUGUUGCUGCCUGUUAAUUGAAUUUUGGUUGCUUCAAUUUGUGCCUCUCAAUUCCAUUUUGUAAUAAGAGUAUCCAGGGCAAGAAUCAGGCUGAUUAUGAUUUCAAGAAACUGUGGUGUCCAUGGUUGAUGCAAAUGCCUAGCAAAUGAAAGGCCAAAUAAUUUAUCGAGUAAUUUUAUGGCAUUUGAUGAACAUUUUUGGUGAGUUUGUUGAAUAUUAACAAUCAUUGAUUAUAUAAUUAUUCAUAGAAUUGGGCGGACACCCAAAUGGCAAUUAGUUAUUUUGAAAUAUCAUUAUUAAAUGAUAUUUUAUUUGAAACGUAGCAUCGCAGCUAUAUUUCUCGUCUACAGUGGAAAUGUGCUGGAACAUACCAAAAUCACUUGUCUCAAUCUCAUUUAGAUUGAUAAGGACUUCAAUUUGUUAAGGUUUACUCUGAGUGGAAGCUAUUGUUCGGCCCUUAGUAAGAUCCAAACUUUGUGUGUUU